GCCACCUCCUCUUCCCACCACCACACCUUCCUCUUCUUCUUUUUUUGCCUUUACCAUCUCUCUCCUUCCAUCUUUUACUUUCUUACAUCCUAAGCUUAGCGUCCCAAAUCCUCCCAUUAUAAGAAGGGCCUUUCCAUUCUUCCCAACAAGUUUCAAGAAAAGAGAAAUAUUGAGAUGUCGACGGACUGGGGCCCGGUGAUCGUGGCGGUGAUCCUCUUCAUCCUCCUGUCGCCGGGGCUUCUGUUUCAGCUUCCGGCGAGGGCGAGGGUUAUAGAGUUUGGCAACAUGGGGACCAGUGGGAUAUCCAUCUUGGUCCACAGCAUACUCUUCUUUUGUAUUCUCACCAUCCUCGUGAUCGCUAUUGGUAUACACGUUCACGCUGCAUAAAAGGAGAUGGUUUUAUCGAGGAACAUACUUCAAAAUUCUUUACUUGUUUCUUUAUGUUUUUUUUUUAAAUUGUGGAGAGAGUGAUUGUUCCUUGUUAUGAUUGGAUGGGGUUCUAUUCAUCAUUAAUUAUGUGUUUGAUGGCUACAAAAUUAUUGAAGGGAAAAAAAAAAAUUCCAUCAUGCAAGUGUAGAUGGAAGCAUAUGAUGCGUUACGAUAAGUGAAAAUAAGGGGACUUGGAAAAUAUAUCCUCUACUUUUGUAUCCUCUUAUUAUUAUUAAUGAUAGAGGAGUUCAUCCUGUCCAUCAUUUUUUA